GGGUGCUCUGGUUCAUGGCCAUGCACCGCACGGGACAUGGGGCGGCCGCGGUGCUGGAGCUGGGCCUGGUGGUGACCGUGUGUCCUGCUGCUCAGCCAGCACUGGGCUAUGACACUGACCUGCCCGGGGUGCCCUUUGUGUCCUGCAGAGCUUCUGACUAUGAGAAUUUCUCCUGCUCCUGGACCUCCAGCCUGGAGACGUUCCUCCCCACCAGAUACAUCACGACCUACAGGAAGAAGUCGCUGACAGGAGAAGAGAAGCGGAGGAACAAGAACGGGCACGUGGGGCCGUGCCUGCAGGAUCCAGCCCGCGCCGGCACCUGCACUGUGCACAAGUCCGAGUUCUGGAGCUCCUAUCGCAUGAACGUCACCGAGGUGAACCCGCUGGGCUCCAGCUUCCGCCUCCUCGACAUCACCAUGCAGGCCAUCAUCAAACCAGACCCUCCAGAAGGCCUCAUGGUGGAGCCCGUCCCCCGGGCGCCGCGGCGCCUCCAGGUGAGCUGGAGGUACCCCACGUCCUGGCCCUAGGAGCCCCACUUUCAGCUCAAGUUUCGGCUCCAGUACCGGCCCAUCAUCCACCGCUCCUGGUCCGUGGUGGAGACGGUGAACCUCUCCGAGGUGAUCACAGAUGCCUUCGCAGGGCUGGAGCACGUGGUCCAAGUCAGCGCGAAGGAUUUCCUGGAUGCGGGAAACUGGAGCGAGUGGAGCGCGGAGGUGCGGGCGACGCCAGUCAGAGACCCUGCCAUCGUGGUGAGUGAAGAAACCACUACAGACACCAGCCUGGAGAGCCUGGCUGAGGAGCCCUCGCAGGCUCCCAAUCCUGAGCCUAUCAAUCGCAGCGACCCCCUGGAGAAGACGGCCAUCCUGGUCUCCCUCAGUAUCUUCGCCUUCUUCAUCCUGGCUGCCAUUCUGGUCAUCACCAUCCUCGUCUGGCUCCGAGUGAAGAAACACAGCAAGGACGAGACCAAACCACACAACUUCUUGGUUGCUGCCACCCACUUGAAGGCUCUGCCAAAGGCACAGAUCCUGUAGUGAGGCCUGGCCGCUCCCCUACCCGAGCACCUACUCACCCGCGUACGGGACUCGACACCACUGUUGGCCCCAGAAGGGCUUCCUGCCACUCAGAGCAGGGCCUGGCUUUGGACAUUGCCUGCAGCCCAGCACCGCUGGGGUGUGGGAUGGACCCCAAGGAGAGGGGCUGUGCUUUGAGGAGUUUAGGGCUGCCCGUGCCCCCCAGGAGCCGGCUGGAGACACCUUGGACUCAGUGUGACGGAACAGUCCCCACGGCCGGGCGCUGCUGUAGAAC